UACCCUCUGGGGUUCUUGGUUUGGUUCUUCUCUUCCUUGUUUCUCUCUUCCCCUCCCCCGUUGAUUCAUUCACCAGUCACCACAUGGCACAGAAACAGAAGAAGUGAAGAGAAAGGUGACUCACUUGACAGCAGCUCCAAACCCAAACCCCUUUCCUCUCUGCCCCAUUGCCCAAAAAAACGGACCCAAACCCCUCAACAAAGACUCUUUUUGAGUCUCUUUUUUGUUUUGUUUUGUUUUUUCUCUCUGGGUCUUCUGGUUUCUUCUCCAUUGAACCCAGCUGGCCCCACCUCGCAAAAUCUCAGCUUUCGUUUCGUCACACAAACAAACCUCGUCCCGCUCCUAGUUACACACUACAAUGAAUGCUCUUUAACAUUUGUUGUCUUCUUUUUUUUUUCUCCCCCCCUUCCCCGAGCAUUGUAUGACUUCACUUCCGCUUCCUCGGACCUCACUCUCUCUCUUCAAUUCUCGGUUUUGUUAUUGUAGAAUGGUUUUAAGUUAGGGGGGCGGUGUGGCGUGUUAGGGUUUUUCCUAGUCCAAUUCACGUCGGUCUCGGAACGACCCAUCGUAGGUUUAAGAAUGUCUGGUGGUGGUGGUGGCUGUGGCGGUGUUUUCGUGACGUGGGAGGAGCAGGUGAUAUGUCAGGAGCGUGGGAACCGAGUGAUUCACUUUUACCUGAAGGACGCUUUGGGGAAUUCGGUGCUUGCUGUUGUGGGGACUGAGAGGAGUGUGAGGCACAUGAUGUAUGUUGUCCCUGACCAUUUCUUGCAGGCUUAUGGAUCCACACAACCCAUCAAUGCUUUCAAAUGGAGGGCACGCCGAGAGGUUGUGGACUGGCUCACUUGUUUGGUCUCGCGCAAUCGGUCACACCAUGCAGGUGUACAGUUGGAUGAUUCAGCACAAGCCGUUGAAUCUCUUAAGAUUUUAACGUCUGGGAUCAAUGUCAAUAAUAGAAUUUUACCUGAUAAAAUGAUUUCUAGGAAACUAAAAUUCCAAAGUUCUGAUAUUCAAUGGUCAGGCUUUUCUUGGUUUUGUGCUAAACAGCUGAAGCACUACUCAGGGUUUUGCAGGAAUGGAACAACCAUAAAUGUUCAUUCAUUUGUAUAUAUUAUGGCUGAAGAAGAAAACCACUAUCUUGGUUACGUGGAAGAUAUGUAUGAAGACAAGAAGAGACAAAAAAAAGUGAAGGUACGGUGGUUUCACCAUGGUCAGGAAGUUAAGCAUGUGAUUCCACAGCUGAAUCUGCAAGAGGGAGAGGUUUUCAUCACACCUCAUGUGCAGGUGAUUAGUGCUGAGUGUGUCAAUGGUCCUGCAACAGUUUUGACUCCUAAGCAUUAUGAGAAAUACCUAGCUGCUGUGCCUCAUACCUCUUUAUCUGAGAUCCAUAUGUGCUUUAGGCAGUUUAAGAACAAUAAGCUUAAGCCCUUCACACUUACAAAGUUGCGUGGGUAUAGUAACCAAACUGUUCUUUCUAGUUUGAAUAGUCCUACUCUCUCCAAGAGAAAGGCAAAGUUUGAAAAAUCGCGCACAGAUGAUGAUGAGAACUUCACUCAAGAUGAUGCUUUAAGGUCCAGCAAUAAGAGGAAUAGAAGUUCUAAGGAUCAUGUACUUGAAAAGGGUUUUUCUUGUCUGCAAAUCUCUGUUCCUGUGAAAGAAAUGACAAAAUGUGAACCAAAACACCCUAGUUUAAAAUUAAAACUAUCAAGAAAAACAUUGGGUAUUAAGGUUAUUGGACCAAAGCCUCAACUGUCUUUUCAGGUUGGUGCAAAGAUAGAGGUUCUCUGUCAAGAUAGUGGCAUCAGAGGAUGCUGGUUUAGAUGUAAAAUCUUGAGUAUGUCUCCAAGGUUGCUCAAGGUCCAGUAUGAUGAUUUGCUGGAUAUAGACGGACCACAGAAACUAGAGGAAUGGGUCCCUGCGUCUAGAGUGGCAGCUCCUGACAAAUUGGGUAUGCGAAGUUCGGGCCGCCUAACAGUUCGACUAUGCCCUCCUGAAUAUAAUACAGGUCAUACUUUUGAGAUUGGAGCACCAGUGGAUGCCUGGUGGUGUGAUGGAUGGUGGGAAGGUGUCGUGACUGCAGUUAAUGUCUGUGGGGAUGGAGUCCUGCAGGUUUAUACCCCUGGCGAAGAGAGGUUUCUAAAGGUCGAGAAGAAGAACAUUCGGAUUUCCCGAGAUUGGAUCAAUAACAGGUGGGUUGAUAUACAGGGAAAGCCCGACAUUUGCAGCUAUUUAUCUUCAAAUGCCAGGUCCAGCAUCAGGAUGUCAGCUAAUUCUGCAGUGGUAGAUGGAUCUAUGUCUGAUUGCUCUGCAAUAUUAGAAAGUAAACCAACACCAAGUGCCAAAGUUGAAGUUGCUAAGAAGGUUGAGCCAGAAUUAUCUGGUUUGGAAGCACCUGUUAACCUGGAAAAUAUAAUAACAACUUUGAGGGAGCCACUCUAUGCCAUUCAUGAAGACAAGGAUAACAACUCUGGUGAUGGCUGCGAUGAUGAAGCUGACAAGGCUGUGAAGACACUUCUGGCCUUAAAUGAACACAAGGAUAAGUACUCAGGUGGAGGCAAUAAUGGUGACACUGACAAUGAUGUUGACGUUGAUGCUGACAAUGAUGAAGAUGAUAGUGAGGAAGAUUUCGAUUGUUCUGAAUCAAAACUCGAUGCAGCAGAAGCAAUACAAGUUGCAUGAUGAAUAUAAGAUAGAGCUAAAUGGGGAAUUUUUUGCUCUCCUACUGAUUAUACCUGAAGGUGGAAAUCAAGUUGUAUAUAAAACAGAAUGAGAAGCCCUGAGGUAGUUAUAUAUGCAUGCAGGAGGAUAAUGGUUUUCAAGUUUGACUUAAGGAUAAUAGUAGUGUAUAGCAUUAUAGCUUAUGGUUUUUGGGUUAUCAUGAGAUCAACUUCUAUAGAAUGAUAUAUUAAUAUAUAGUAUAUUUUAGGGUCCAUGUUAGGUCAUGUGGUUGGUAAAUGAGCAACUGCACAUAUCAGUUGAAACUGCAUAGAGUUAGCCCAUGAGUAAAAUUUGUAAUUUUCUUAUUUUCAGUAGUUUGGGCUUUGACCAUGAAUCUUACAAGAUUACAGAAUUACAAAAUCUGCCGCCAUGUCUAGAUUCUUCUAUUUCAAUUUAAGAGGGGAUAAAUGUUUUAA